AUGGCGGACGAACUAGACCGAGUACGGAUUUCAGCUGCGGAGCUACGAGCUGAAGCGUCGAGUUUUACCAACCACCACGACGAUUGUCACAGAGAGGAGCGAGGAGAGGAGGGACGUGGCCAACGACAGCAGCGUCACCACGGCAACGACCCGUCAAAACGCCCUGACCUGCAGCUCUACACGCCCGGGGCUGGCCACGGCAACCGUCGCCAUGACAGCGAAGACGGCGGCGUAGUCACCUCUCCUGGAGAUCCGUUAGCCAUGACCUCUGACCCUGAGGUGGAGUUGGUGAUGUCACUGCCACAGGAGGAGGAAGAAGGACACAAGAUGGCCGCCACUGAGACGGUUUCAACUGAACUUGGAUGUAUAGAUGGAGGGAUGGGGAAAGGAGGAGGAGAGAAAUGUGGAGGAGGUUUUACUCCAAACCGGGGUGGAGGCUCUCGAGCACCUGCACAACAGAGGACUCAAAGAGGUGACCACCACACCACCAGAGCAGACAACAACAACAACAGUAGUAGUAGCAGUAGUGCAAAGGGACCGGGUGGAGGGAGAGAGAAGGACCAGAGGGGUGGAGGUAGAGAGAAGGACCAGAGGGGUGAAGGUAGAGAGAAGGACCAGAGGGGUGGAGAGCCAGCAGGCGGUUCCCCUGGCUCUCCCAAGGCCACCAGAAAGACCCGUAAACCGGACCGGGAGAUCUACCAGCCUGGGGGUCGGAGGAGCACCACCACCACCACCCAGGGGGAAGAGGGAAGAGAGACAGAGAAACCUGCCCCUAACCCUGGUCCCCCUGUCAGAGAGGAAACCCAAGCCAGGAGGGAACCAGUCGUAUGGAGAGAGACCGGAGAGGAGAAAGGGAAAGGUGGCAGAGAGGGUGAAGAGACAGGCAGAAGGCAGGAGAGGAGAGAAACAGGGAAAGCAGCCGUCUCAGACCAUGGACUAGAGAACCUGACUGGGAAGAUACAGAAACUCUGUGUGACUGCCCCACCUGAGAGAGAAGAGGAGGGGAAGAGAGGAGAGGGUGAGGAAGGAGUAGGCAGGAGGAGGAAGGCUAGCGGUGAGGGCAGGAGGAGCAGAGCUGGAGGUGGAGGCAGGGGACGAGUAGGAGGAGGAAAUGAAGGAUGCGAGAAGACUGAGGAGGAGAAGAAGAGAGAGAGGGGAAACCGCAGGAACAGAGGAGGAGGGGAGAAAGGGGAGAAUCAGGACUCCAGGAGAAGAGGAGGAGGAGGAGAGGGUGAGCGAGGGAUGACCGAGAAAGAUAGAGACAGGAGAGCAUCGGAAGAAGACGGAGAGAGGGAAGCGAACCGUCCUGCAGAUACACAGCCAGCAAAGGGAAGAGAAAAACGGAGGGAUAGAGAGACUGAGAGAGACAACCAGAGAGGGAACAACAGACCCCAACCUCUACCCCCAGAUAUAGACCGAGAGAGGAAUGGAGAGAAAGACGGGGAUGGAGAGAUGCAGAGAAACAGAGAGAGGAGUGAGAGAUGCAGGGCUAACCCUAACAACAACCACCACCCAUCAUCGUCCUCUAAGCGCUACUCCAAGUCAAACAUCAGAAGACCCAGGAACCGCACCUACAGCACCAGUUCUGCCAGCAGUGGCACCAGCCUGGACGGACUGGGACAGGGAGGGGAUCAGAGGGAGGACAGAGUCCGACGAGACCGCCUGGGGCACAGAGAGAGAGAGGGAGGAGGAAGUCAGCUACCGAACAGGAUGAGAAACACGAGAGACUCCUCAACAGACUCACUGGAGGAGAGGAGGAGAGAUGGAGGAGAGGAGUACUUGAGCCCCGCGUGGAGGAGAGGGGAGGACGAAGGGAGAGGGGGAAGAGGACACAGAGGGAGAGGAGGGCUCCUGAAAGUGUCUCAGAGUGACAGACAGUCAGGCACCUCCCACGCCACCUCAGGCCCUAGCGAUGACCCCCAGGGGCGCCGCAAGCAGGGCACUGUGCCUCGUGGUAAGGAGAGGGGCAUUCUCAUCCUCCCCGCCCACACUGACCUCUCCAAUUCGCCGACGGAGCCCGGGCCAAGGCUCCUGUUUGGUGGGAUUCGAGGAGGAAAAGAGGCGGGACUAGGGAGAGGAGGAGGAAGGGGCGGAGGAACAAGGCGACUCUGGGAUCCCAACAACCCCGACCAGAAACCCGCUCUCCGGCUCUCCCAGCAUGCCUCUCUCCUGCAGCAGCAGCCCAUGUACCUGCAGACGGGCGGCGGUUACGGAGCGAUGCACUUCCUGGAUACAGACGACGAGGCUGCAGGGAGUCCCCCGAUCCGCCAGGGGGAGCACUUCUACCCCCAGCAGGAGGCCGCAGCCAUGGCCCAGGCCUUCUACAAGUACCAGAACUCUGACAACCCUUACCCUUACAAUGCCAACCCCAAUGCACGUUACCCAUACCCCUAUCACACUAUGCCUACCACCCCCUACCAGAUGCCCUCCUCCAACGGCAUUUACCCAGCCCAGUUUUACGGGGAGUACAGGGGCCAGGGGUACCAGACCGGGGCUGGAGCAGGUCUGACACCAGAGGAGGUGGAGCAGCAGGCCAGGGGAGAGCUGGGGAGACAGCUGAGGGCUGCAGAGAGUCAGGAGUUACAACUCAGCAACCUCCUAUCUAGAGACAGACUCAGUGCUGAUGGACUGGACCGCAUGGCUCAACUCAGAGCGGACCUGUUGACCCUAUAUGAGCGGGUGAUCCUAACAGACAUAGAGUUCAGUGACAGCCAGAACCUGGACCAGGCUCUAUGGAAGAACGUGUUCUACCAGGUUAUAGAGCACUUCAGACAGCUCCUCAAAGACCCCAGCGGAGACUCAGCCCUGCGUAUCACCCCCAUGCUGCUCACUCUGCUGGACGAGGGGACGGUAUUCUUUGAUGCACUGCUGCAGAAGCUUCAGACGGUGUUUCAAUUUAAACUGGAGGAUUACAUGGACGGCAUGGCCAUCCGAGCACGUCCACUACGCAAGACGGUGAAGUAUGCUCUGAUCAGUGCCCAGCGGUGUUUGAUCUGUCAGGGGGACAUCGCCCGUUACCGAGAGCAAGCCAGCGACUCGGCUAACUACGGCAAGGCCCGCAGCUGGUACCUAAAGGCCCAGCAGAUUGCUCCUAAGAACGGACGACCUUACAACCAGCUGGCCCUGCUGGCUGUUUACACGAAGAGGAAGUUGGAUGCAGUGUAUUAUUACAUGCGUAGCCUGGCUGCCUCCAACCCCAUCCUCACUGCCAAGGAGAGUCUCAUGAGUCUGUUUGAAGAGGCCAAACGCAAGGCGGACCAGAUGGAGCGAAGGAGGAAGCAGGAGUUGGAAGGGGGGUCCAGGGGCCCGGGGGUCCGAGGAGGAGGACGGGGGGAGGAGGGGGCUAGGGUGGAGAUCUGGGUCGGCCCUAUUGGCCAGGCAUCAUCACACCGUGGGGGCAGCGAGUCCAGCAGAGACUCUGAACAGGAAGGAGAGCUGGGUAACCUCAGCCCUAGUGAUGUGAUCCCCUUCACCUAG